GUGCUGUUUAACUGAACAAUAAUAAGAGCUAAGAGGAAGCUACUGUCACUACUGUACGGAUGUUCUGGCUUCAUAUAGGAUGCUCAUCUGCUCAUAUGUCAAAGGUAAAAAAGAACCCUCUGGAAUCAGGCCUUUGAGAAGCUGAUGGUCCCGUUUCCAAGAUGCCCUACCACUGCGUGGCUUAUGGAUGUGGCAAAACUGUAGAAGAUGGGGUGACCUUGUUUAAGUUCCCAAAGGAUCCAGAUGAGUUUCGGAAAUGGGAGAAACAAGUUCAGAGGACCCGCGUGAAGUGGGCGGCCACGCAUUUCUCCCACCUCUGCAGCGAUCACUUCGGCAAAGAGUACUUUGAGGGGAAGCUGCCAUCAGGAGCUCUGAAGCUGAGGCCCGGAGCAGCUCCCACGGUGUUUGUCCGUCCACACUGCUCCCUCUGCAGCGGAGUGGGCUGCAGAAAGUGCCUGCCUUCCAUCCAGCACUGCACCAACUCCACAGAGCGCAGGGAUACUGAAGAAAGCAAGGAAAAGGAGGCUGAAGAUGAAAACAUUGGUAAAGAGGAAAGUUUGCCAAAAGGAAGGAGGAUCUCCAGGGGAAAGCAGAGAGGCGAUGAACCACUGAUUUGUGAGAUGUGUGGAGUGACAGGAAGUUUCAACACCUUCUUCUCAAAAUCAAAACGUUUCUGCAGCUUAUCCUGUUCUCGUUCCUUUUCCUCAAACUCCAAGAAGUCCUCCAUACUGGCACGCCUGCAGGGUCGACCUCCCUCAAAAAAAGCUACAGUGCUCAACAAGAUGAUAGCCAAAGCCUCCUCUGCAGCUGCAGGAGCAGAAGCUGCUGCAACGUUUGACUGGGGCUCCUAUCUGAAGAGAGAGGCGGCCAUGGCUGCACCCGUCCCCUGUUUCGCACAUGCUCCUCUGAGCUCAGAUUGGGAUGAUGUGGUUGUUGGGAUGAAGGUAGAGGUCCUCAACACCAACUCUGUCCUUUCCAAUAAAGUCUACUGGAUAGCCUCUGUUAUUCAGAUUGCAGGAUACAAGGCGCUGCUCAGAUAUGAAGGCUACCAACAUGACAGCAGCCAUGACUUCUGGUGUAGCCUUGUUUCUGGAGAGCUGAACCCGAUCGGCUGGUGCUCCAUGACCAGCAAGCUGCUGGUGCCGCCGCAGGAUGUGACAAACAUCUCGGACUGGAAAUCAUAUCUGAUGAAGAAGCUGGUGGGAUCCACCACUCUACCCGUUGACUUCUAUGCAAAGCUGGCAGAGAGCAUGAAGUGUCCGUUCAGGGUGGGCAUGCGCUUGGAGGUGGUGGAUCCUAAACACCUGAGUCGGACCAGAGUGGCCGUGGUGGACUCUGUUAUCGGUGGCCGUCUCCGGCUGCUGAUUGGGAACCAAAGCGACGUCCAUGAAAACGCCGUCUUCGACUUCUGGUGCCACAUGUGCAGUCCUCUGGUCCACCCUCUGGGCUGGUCCAAGACGGUGGGUCAUGCAAUUAAAGAAUCCGAAAGAAAGGAGAACAUGGAGCGGAGAUACCAUCCUACUUUCAGAAAGUUAAAGUGUUGACUUGCUUCUGUCCCACAUUUAUUUUUAAAGCCCAGGUACGUCUACAUGGGGAAGAGCUUCUUCGAGGAAGGAAUGAAGCUGGAAGCCAUCGAUCCUCUAAACCUGGGAAACAUCUGCGUCGCCACUGUUCACAAGGUGCUGCUGGACGGCUACCUCAUGGUGGGCAUCGAUGGGAUGAAGAACGGAGCUGAUUGGUUCUGCUACCACGCUUCCUCCCACGCCAUUCUACCCAUUAACUUCUGUAAAAGGAACAACAUCACGCUCACUGUUCCUCCAGGUUCUGAUCCUCAGACUUUUACCUGGGAAAAAUAUCUGCAACUGACUAAAGCCAAAGCUGCACCAGCGUGGCUCUUUAAUACUGACAACCCGGGUCACGGUUUCUCCCCCAACAUGAAGCUGGAAGCGGUGGACCUGAUGGAGCCGCGGCUGGUGUGCGUGGCCACCGUGAGGCGCUGCGUGGGUCGCCUUCUGCUGAUCCACUUUGACGGCUGGGACAACGAGUUCGACCAGUGGAUCGACCACCAGUCCCCCGAUAUCUACCCUGUAGGAUGGUGUGAGCUGGUGGGGUACCAGCUGCAGCCUCCUCCUGGACUCGUAUUGCCUGAAAACCAGGUGGCACGGUACAAGAAACCCAAGCCCAUGGUGCACGGCAGAAAGAGAAAGAGGAAAUUUAGGAAGCGGCUGUCCCAGGAACAAGCUGACAUCACUGCUAACAAACAGCCAGAAUGUGUUGAAAGUAGCAAGCCUGAAGCCCCCCCGAUCAAAACCGAACCGCAGGAACAGGAGAUUGCUCCAGUUAAGGUGAAAGUGGAGGAGAUAGAUGGCCCUAUUGAGACCCCCCCCAGGCCCCAGCCAGCCUUACCAUGGAGGGUGAAGAAGGAGGAGGCAGAGCAGCAGGUAGAGCCGAGACCGGGUGGGAUGACACGGCUGAGCGGAGACCAUCAGAGCGAAAACAAAAUGGAGAAUCCAGACUGGAAGGACAGGAGCCGAGACAAUGACAGCAGCUUGGAUGAGACGUGGGAGACCAACAGUGAGGACACUGCAGGAGAAGCUGAAGACAUGGACCUAUGAGAUCUGUUUUCAGGCUCCAUGACAGUAACGGACAAUAAAAAGGACGAGUCUGGAUUCAUUAUGGUAAAUUAUUCUCA